GCCGUGAAGGAGUGAAGAGCGCCGGUGCUUUGCUUUGCCGUGAAAGCGAAGUUAACGGGCGAGAGAAAAGAGUAAUUGCGUUUUUUGUUGUUAUGUUCAUCAAUUAAGAGAGAGAAAGGUGACGUUCACCGGAGAUGGAAACACAUCUUCUUCCAUUUAAGUAACUGAUUUUAGGAAAACAGAUUCCGACGACAGAGACUGGUUUUAGGGCUUCAAACGCCUUUUUUUUUUUUUUUUCUUUUUUCUUUUCUCGGAGGAAGUUGUGGUGUUGUGAGCCGCUGUUUUUUGAAGUUAGGAAGAGGAAAGAGUUUUGAGGGGAUGAGCUGGAGAAGAGUGUUGAAGUCGGCACAGGCACUUGCAGCGCAUAGCCUUCUUCUUUGUUUCACGCUGUUGCUGCUUCUCAAGCUCGAUCAUGUAGCUUCUUACUCUUGGUGGAUAAUAUUUUUCCCGCUUUGGGUAUUUCAUGCAGUUGCUGCCCGAGGAAGGUUUUCAUUACCUGCUCCAUCAGUUCCACAUAAUCGUCAAUGGGCACCUUGCCAUUCUAUUGUUGCAACACCGCUGCUUGUUGCAUUUGAGCUCCUGCUUUGUAUAUAUCUUGAGAGUUUAUAUGUUAAUGGUUUUCCCACUGUAAGCUUGAAGAUUGUCUUUCUUCCCUUGUUGGCAUUGGAAAUAGUUAUUCUAAUUGACAAUUUCAGAAUGUGUAGGGCCCUGAUGCCAGGAGAUGAUGAAAGCAUGAGUGAUGAAGCAAUAUGGGAGACACUGCCUCAUUUCUGGGUUGCAAUUUCCAUGGUCUUCUUUGUGGCUGCUACAAUCUUCACUCUUCUAAAGUUAUGUGGUGAUGUAGGUACUCUUGGCUGGUGGGACUUAUUUAUAAAUUUUGGUAUCGCGGAGUGCUUUGCUUUUCUUGUCUGUACAAGGUGGUCCAAUCCAUUAAUUCAUAGAAAUAAUCACACAAGGGAGGUUGGUUCCUCUUCAACGACUAUUGGUUACAUUGACUGGAACAACUGCUUAGCAGUCACACCUCAGCAUCAGGAUAGAAUGUGUGGUCUGCAAGACAUUGGUGGCCAUAUCAUGAAAGUUCCAAUAAUUGGGUUUCAGGUCCUCCUUUGCAUGCGUUUGGAGGGAACACCUGCUAGUGCUAGAUAUAUACCACUUCCAGUUUUAUUCUCUCCUCUUUUCCUACUGCACGUUGCUGGUGUGCUAUUUGCUGCGUUUAGGUUGAUAGAGAAAAUUGUGCUUCUACUUCGGACAGGAUCUGGCACAGGAUUAUAUUUCAGAUGUUCUUCAGAAGUCCAUGAUUGCUUCGGGUUCUUGCACCAUGGUUCCAGGUUACUGGGUUGGUGGUCAAUUGAUGAGGGAAGUCGAGAAGAACAGGCCCGGCUUUACCAUGAAGGGGCUUCUGGGUACAACACCUUUUGUGGUUACCCCCCAGAAAUAGUUAGGAAGAUGCCUAAGAAGGAUCUUGCAGAGGAGGUAUGGAGACUUCAGGCAGCUCUUGGCGAGCAAACGGAAAUCACAAAGUUUAGCCAACAAGAAUUUGAGAGACUUCAAAAUGAAAAAGUGUUGUGCAGGGUCUGCUUUGAGAGAGAGAUUAGUGUGGUUUUGCUUCCCUGUAGACAUCGUGUUCUUUGCAGUACCUGCUGUGAGAAGUGUAAAAUGUGCCCCAUAUGUCGUAUCGGUAUUAAGGAACGCUUGCCAGUAUAUGAUGUUUAAUCACUAACUUGCCAGCCUUUUUGUGAGCGAACACACAUCUAAAGAUCAAAUAACUGAUAGGAAAAAAUGUUAUGAUCAGGACUUUACACAAGCAUCUAGCCUAAUGAGAUUGCUAGCAUUAGGCUGUUUAGGUUGUCCGAAUCAUAAUUACAUCGAGAGAUCUUUCCCCUGUUUUUAUUUUUUGAGCCUUAGACGUUGUAAAUAUAUAUGGUUUCGUGAGAGUAAAGUUCUUGUUACUACUUGUGUUGAAGUUUAUUUGUUAAAAUUUUCUUGAGAUGAAGUUUAUUUCCAAUGUAGGAUUGUUAAACUCGAAACUUGUUUGGUAUCAAGAAAAUGUUUGUUGAAGUAAUCUUCUAAUAAUAUGGAAGGUAACUUUUGAACAAACACAGAGAUUAUGU